UGCCCACCCUCCUGCCAGGGGACCCACGGCCCUGACACAGGGUGCUAUGGGUUUUAACCAUCGGGCUCCUCACCCAGCGGAGUAGGAAAGCGAUGGUCGCCGCCGAAGUCAAGUGCCUGGCUCAAGGAAAAAAAAUUCCCACAUGAAGAAAAAGGACCUUCUGCAUUGUGUGAUGGAUUCAGAAGCCCAUGAAAAGAGGCGAAAAAACCUGUCACCAUCUUCAAAUCAAGAUACAUCACACAAUGUAAAUGUUAAUGAGUUUAAGCAUUACCUUUGCGGAUGCUGUGCAGCCUUUAGCAAUAUAGCAGUCACAUUUCCCAUUCAGAAAGUCCUUUUUCGGCAACAGCUAUAUGGACUCAGAACCCGAGAUGCUAUACUUCAGUUAAAGAAAGAUGGAUUGCGAAAUUUGUACAGAGGAAUUCUGCCUCCAUUAAUGCAGAAAACUACAACAUUAGCACUUAUGUUUGGUCUCUAUGAAGAUUUCUCUUCUAUUCUCGGCAAGCAUGUUAUUAGUUCUCCUGAAAUUGUGACUCGAAGUGUAGCAGCUGUUUUGGCUGGAACAACAGAGGCCCUUCUUACACCACUGGAACGUGUACAGACAUUACUGCAAGACCAGAAGAAUAAUGAUAAAUUUACAAACACCUUGCAUGCUUUCAAGGCACUGAAAUCCUAUGGCAUUGCAGAAUAUUAUCGAGGUUUGCUACCCAUUCUUUUCCGUAAUGGACUCAGCAAUGUACUGUUUUUUGGCCUUCGAGGACCCAUUAAGGAAUAUUUGCCUGAAGCAAAAUCUCAUAGUGCUCAUUUGGUUGAUGAUUUUAUCUGUGGAGGUGUAUUGGGUGCCAUGUUGGGAUUCUUUUUUUUCCCACUGAAUGUUGUAAAAACUAGAAUGCAGUCACAAAUUGGUGGGGAAUUCCAAUCUUUCUCCCAAGUUUUUGGAAAAAUCUGGGUAGAGCGUAAUGGGAAAUUGACACAUCUUUUCAGAGGCGCCCAUUUGAAUUACCAUCGAUCCCUCCUAUCCUGGGGCAUAAUAAAUGCAACUUAUGAAUUCUUGUUAAGGCUUUUAUGAAAGAUGUCUUCAAUAAAUCCCAAUAAUAAGCUCAGUAGAACUAAGAAGACAAAUUACAUUCUGAUUUUUAAUAGGCUAAAUACUAGACAGUGUCAUAAGUCAAACAGCAAAAUGAAAUGUGGGCAAAAUAAUUUUUCUUUGGGCUAGAAAUGAGCAUAAAAGUUUAUGGGCAGGAAAGUUAAAUUAUUUUUGACAAUAAGGUUAGGCUUUUGGUAUCAUUAAUUACCAUCAGUGUUGAUGAAAAGGUUCAGAGUCCAAGAAGUGAUUUUUUUUUCUUACUGUAAAUUCUUUGAAUCAUCUAUAUUAAAACUUGAACUGCCCCAAACACAGCUGGAGAAAAGGGUCCUAGUGUUGUUCUGAGGUUUCUCGGGCAUUUUGUGCUCCAUUGUCUUGCUUGUUCUCUAGAGCUGUAGAAUUAGGGUCUUUAAGUUUUGUGAGUUUUCAGAAUUCAGAGGGUCAGAGAAAGAAAGUAAAAUAGAGAAGAAAAAGAAGUAGCUCUAUUAGGUAUGGGCUUUUCAUUAAAACUACUUACCUUCAAUGUAACAAAGCCAAAUAUGUACAGUUACCAAAUUGUGUUGCUCUUAAGUCACAAAGGUUUUAUUUACAGUGAUGGAACUGAGCAACUUAUUCACAAAAUAACUUUCUCUUCUGAAAAACUCAACUUUAAAUUAGUCAAAAUUUCAAAUUUUCCUUUCUAGAUGCAAUUUUCCUAUUUAAUUGAUCCAAGAUUUAUGAUGAACCCUUAGAGCUUUAGAUGUUGUUUUACCCUGCUUAAAGUUAAAUUUCAUCACAAAAAUGGGGAAACUUGAAUCUCUUUGUCUUUUGAGAAAAAAUUUUCAUUCCAUUUUCAUGUGGAUUUCUGUUUUGUUGAAUUAUUGCUUCAUCUGCAAAAGUGUGUUGUUUCCUCACAUAGUCAUAGUUGAGUAAGUUGAAAUUCCACUAAAUAUAUCCCUUCUUCCUCCCCUCUUUAAAUUAAAGAGAAGCAGCUUUGUUCACUUGUUAACUUCAUCUUCACAUCUGUGUGUGAC